GGUGUAUAGGGGGAAGCUGGCGUGACUGGGAAACCAGGAUCCGCAGGUGCGGAAGGACUCCAGGGAUCAAAGGGGGAGCGUGGCGUGUCUGGCACCGACGGGCCCAAGGGAGUUUCGGGGCAGAAAGGAGAAAAGGGUGCCAAAGGAGUUCUGGGCCUGGCUGGCUUCAAAGGCCAAGGUGGCCCACCUGGCAAGGCUGGUGUUCCUGGGGCACCUGGAAAACAAGGGCCACGUGGCGAUCCAGGACCACAGGGUGAAAGAGGGAGAAGAGGAAGGCCAUUGCUUUGCCUCCGGGGGGCCCCUGGGACCCCCGGCAAGAAAGGGGAAAUGGGAGAAGAAGGCCUUGCUGGUCAGAAAGGAGAAAAAGGAGAACCCGGUCUUUCUGCAGAGGACGUGAAGGUCAUCCUCAGGAGCGAGAUGAGCAGGAAGGAUGGUAAGGGCUACCAAAGCGUCCGUGUGGCCAAGCGGCUGGCAGACUCGGAUGCCAGUUCCUUGGCAGAGGCUGAGCAGAUGGUGGAAGAGGGCCUGCUGUCCAGAGUUCCAGCAGAACAAGACCUGCUGAGCAAAAUCAAGAAAGGGAACCAGGAUGGUGUGCUUGUGGAAGAACCAGCUCCACCUAGUGCAGAUCCCUGUGUCUUGCCAAUGGAUGAGGGCUCCUGCCUUCAGUAUGUGGUGCUCUGGUAUUAUCACCAAGGAAUGGAGAAGUGUCGUCCAUUCAUCUAUGGUGGCUGUGGCGGGAAUGCGAAUCAGUUUCCCUCCAAGCAGAAAUGUGAGUGGUGGUGCAAGAGAAGAACAGGAAGGUGACCAUCUGCAAACAGGUGACGUUGGAAAGAGCAAAGCCAA